GUUACUUUCCGGAACAGUGGACAGAAGGCUUUAUAGUACAACUUCAUAAAAAAGGUGACAUUAAUGUCCCAAAUUACAUCGUUAUUCUCUCUGAAACAGAAGAAGGCUUACAUAAAGGUUUAUUGUUAUUGGAGAAUAAUUGUGAUAAUUGGAGAUUAACUAGAGUUACAGACUUGAGCUAUAAGAACUGGAGAUUGUUCAUACCAUUGUUUGGACUUUACCUUAUCAUCAUGUACUACAGAUUAGAUAAAGGUGAUACAGACCCACCAGACCCACCAAAAGACUUGACAGAUGCAGAAAAUGGCAUCACAGAUACUAAUAUUACAGUUCAAUGGACAGAGGGAUUUGACGGUGGUUGUAAACAAACAUUUUAUGUUAACGUCUACGGAAAUGAGCAGGAGGUCAAUUCUACCUGUAAACGUGGAAACAUUUGGUCAUAUACGUGCAAAGAUUUGACACCUGGUAAAUGGUAUAAUAUAGAGAUAAAAGCAAGGAAUAGAAAAGGAUGGUCAGCGUCAUGCCAUGCUAAAUAUAGAACAACAGGCAACCCGGACCCACCAAAGAACUUCAGAAUUGCAGAUGAUGGCAUCACAGACAAAAGUAUUAUAGUGGAAUGGGAACCAGGAUAUGACGGCGGUUAUAAUCAAACAUUUUUUGUUUACUACAACGGAGAAGAACAUGAAGUCAAGUCAUUACCUACAAAUGGAAGUCCUUAUUCAUUUAAGUGCGCAAAAUUGAAACCUCGUUCUACUUACGAAAUCGAAUUAUAUGCAAAAAACAUAAAAGGGAAAGCAGAUCCUCGUAUUCUAAAAGAUUGUGAAACGAAAGGUCGCCCAGAUCCACCCAAAGACUUCCAAUUGGCGGUAGAUGGAGUCAAAGAUGAAACUAUGACAGUUGAGUGGAAAGAAGGAUUUAACGGCGGUUAUGAACAAACAUUUUAUGUUAAGGUCAACAACGAAAAGGAGAAGCAGGUCGGUUCUGAAUGUAAACUUAAAAGUAUUUGGUCAUAUACGUGCAAAGGUUUGAAACCUGGUACAGAUUAUAUAAUAGAGAUAAAGGCUAAGAAUUGCAAAGGCUUUUCAGAACCCCGUCAUCUCAAAUAUAAAACAUCAGGUAAGCAUUGCUUCAUUUUAACACUUUUCUUUUUGUUCAAAUAGCAAUUGUCCAUAUAACAGUAAUUUACGAAGUGUUUACACAAAUUCCCCUCUAGGAAAUUUUUGGGGAGUUAUGAGGAUGAUCAAGAGAAACACAAUAUAAACGGUAGAAUCAAUAGUAUAAGUUUGAAGUCCAUAUUGCAGACACUAUAUUGAUGCGUGAUAUAUCCUCUUUACAAAAACAAAACAAACAAAAACACACAAAACAUAUCAAUAUUUAUCACAUUAUGAUCAGCACGUGCAUAUUUAAGAAUCCAUAGUAAUGCGCAUACGUGUAGGUCUGAACGUUGUGACAACGAUUUAAGCAUUAAAGCAGCAUGCCUCCAAAAGGUAACAAAACACUACCAUCUUACUUGUCUUCAAAUGCAUUAUAUAGUAUAAAGUAAUCGAAAUGACACAGUAAAGGAUUGAUAUUUUAACAUGUUUGCUCUGAAAACAGACAGUUCGCUUUUUUCCAACUGGAUAUACCUGCUUUUAUUAUACUACAGAAUCUUUCAUCCGGGUCAUUUCUUGUACUACAUGAUGGUACAGGACAACAUCGCGACCAGUGAUCCGGGAUGCACGAGUCCGUGAUCGUGUCAAACAAAAAUACAAACGAAUAUACUGCUUUGGUUUUCACAUUUGUAGUAAUUUGUGGCACUUAAAAUGGUCAUUGAUUAUCUAUAUCAUAUAUUUUAUUACCAGUAUAUUGAUUUAAACUUUAGCUUAAAAUAUGCUAAGAGCCUACUCAUU